ACCGCUCAUCAUGGUCAGACGACCACCGUUACGACUCCAGCUCGUACCUCAGUUUCUACGAUCAUGUUCUUCAAGGAUAACACGCAGAGUGGUAUUCGAAAGGCACCAGCUUACAGGUAUACGGCAAGAAUCCUUCCCAAGUCGUCAUCUUCCGAAAAUAAUGCCAGAACUGUCGACUGUAACGGAGAAAGACGAACCAGUACCGCGUACCCAAUCACCGAACCAUCCUGAAGAGUUGGUUUACCAUGGUUUACUCCGUAAUAAUAUUCGUGCUAUGAAGCUGUGGACGUCAUCUUCCCUAAUGAGCUGCGUCGUCCUCACGCCGGUGCUGCUCUUUAUGGAGAUAAUCCCCCCGAUCGGAGUGCUUGCCAUGGCUGGUACUUUCUUAACUGCAUACGGCGCAGCUGCCUCAAUGGUAUCAUGGUGUGGGGGACCAUAUGUGUUCACUCUUCGUUGGCUCCCCACCAAUUACGCACAUGAUCAAAAUGGUACCGGUACCAAGGAGCCACAAGUAGUCGAAAUCACCACGAUGUCCCUUACUCUAAACCAACGCAUAACCCGCGUUUACGAUACCGCGUUCUUAUUGCCAACCAUAAGACCCUUUGCUACAUGGGAAUUGGCCGAGUUCUUCAGGUUGUCACCUCAUGAAGUAGAAGCCAGAAAGGCAAAAGGAGUACUGCCUGGGAAAGAAGUCAUUGCGGAGACCUUGGAUAAGAAAGGUGUCGUUAUUGGGAAGUGGGUAGUACAUUGGAACGAGAAUGGGAGCGGAGCUUGUGAGGAGCAAGGCAGAGUUUCGAGGUACUUCAAAGUACACGAGGAGUUGCUUCCACGGCCUGUUCGGUGGGGAGGCAGUUAAAGGCACAAGGAGCAAUUUGAUUCGUGUCAUGCAUCAGGCACACCGUUAUCGGAAGUCCUUAGAAAUCGGCAUUCGGCCUUUUAUUUCCCUUACAAACAACCGCUGGAAGUGACCGAAGGUCGUUCUUCAUGUGUGCGAUGUUGACCUACAAGACCCAAGCAACCCGGUCGUAUGCUUCUCAAGACCGUACCAUUAUUGCUUGAAGUCCUUUCGAAACGCAUCACACUUCCUCGUUGCAAUCAGCCUUUGAUGGUCAUUUUCUUACACGACGUUCUCGUGACACUCUACUUAAGUGGGAACUGUGGGAUGUCAAAGUCAUGUUGUAUAAUGUAUUGGCGUUCUCCGACC